GCGCCAGAACAGAAUUCUGUUCUGGCGCAGCUGAUAAAAGAAACAUUUUAAAUGUAAAAUGUCUCUUUUUUGACCAAAGUUUUAACAUUUACAUUUGCUGCUACAGGCCUAGUAAACAGAACGCAAAAAACAUCACGAAACUCUUUUGCUAUGAACUCUAAUAGUAUAUAUGUGAAUACACGUGCAUCUAGAAGAAUAAACAAGCAAUCUCUCAAGAUAAGUUUCUUCUGACAUUGUUUUCCAGUCAUUCUAUUUUCUCAUCGGUUAUCCUUUCGCGUUUAUAUAACAUAAUAUUAUAUAAAUUUCGUAUAAACUCACUGUUUAUCCAUACAGGAAAUUAUUGUAUACAACAUUUUCAAAAAUUUUUAUAAGAAUGACUGGUCAACCGGUCGGUCCGGUCCGGUCUGCAUAUGUUCACCGGUAACCGGUGACCGGCCGGUACCGGUUAUGAUUUUGUUGACCGGUUGCAUCUCUGGUACUGGCAAGCAGCCAGGUCAAUUAGUUGAAUUAUUACGACGGUUUAAAGCUAAAAUGAUGUCAACAGAUGAAACGAUUGUACAUUUAAAUCAUGAUAUUAAAUUAUUGAAUGAACGGUGUGUAGAUUUACAUCAAACUUGCGAUCUACAAGUUGGUCUUAUGAAGACGAAUAAACAGUUACUCGAUCAAUUACCUAUUUCAUCUCAACAGCAACUCGUCUCUACUAAUUUAAUAGACAAAUUAUCGGUCACAAUUGAAAAGCUACACUCUUCCUUUGAAGUUCAACCUGUACAACAAAGUUUUCAGAAACCAUCGGUUACUGCUAAGUUAACGCAAUCAAGUUCCAUAUCACAAUCAUCUCUCAUCUCAUCUAACCAUGAACAAUCAAAAUCAAAUCCAUCUGUUCCUAUUACGAUUACUGGUUCGAGUAUCGUUCGAAAUUUGGAACCAGGUAAACUAUUUGUGGGCGAUAAACAUUUUGAUAUAAACAUUCGUGCAAAACAUGGCGCUUCAAUUAAACAAUUAACACAUAUGGUUAAUAAUAAUUGGAUUGAUCAACAUUUUAAUCUUUCAUCACACGCUAUAAUUUCCAUCGGUUCAAUUGACAUGAAACACAUUAAUUC